AUGAACUCUAAAGGAUUUAAUAAAUUAUAAAAAUCCGUCAAAUUUGAUCCUGCAGCCACUAUUAAGUCCGAAUAUAUUGAUGAUCUUCGUGACUCUUAAGUACCUUCAGGAAAAAUAUUUGAUCAUUUAUAAAACUCUUAGAUGUCGUAUAGUAACAGCAGUAAACGAUUUUAGCAGUUAGAAGAUAAUGAAUCUAGCAUCAUAGCUAAGGAAUUAGUCUAAAGUCAAAAAACUUAAAGCUUGAAACGCUUUAUCUAAAGUGAUGAUCCUCAUAAGGAAUUAAACUCAUAGCUUAAAUAAAGUUUGAUGUUUACAUAAUAAGAAAAGAAACAAGAGGCAAAUAGUAAAAAAAUAAUUGAUAGGAUUAGUUAGAAGGAGAUCUAUCCUGAAACUUCAAAUCCCACUGAAGAAAUAGGAGAUAAAUCUUUAGGCGGACUUAAAUUAGAUGACAAGACAUUAUUAGAAGAAUGUUUCAUUAAUUUUCAUGGUUUAAUCAAGAUUCAUAGAUUUAAAAUUGCAGCUAUGUUGCUCAACUACGAAAAGAAUAGCCGCUAACCUGCACUAAAUGUAACUUUCAAAAUUGGAAUGUCAGAUGAACUGUUUGAGUCUUUAAAACUUAAGAGAGCCAAUGCUUGGAGAGGUUUUGUUAGAAAAGAAGAUUUAUAUUCAGUCAUGAAAAACUUUGGAUUUUUUGAAGCUGUUUCACCAAGAAUAUUUGAUCAGUACAUAGAAAAAGUUAAAUGCCUUGAUAGAAAAUAUAAUUGGAUUAACUAUGUUAGAUUGAUUGCAAGUGUGACUCGCUACAAAAGUUCUAUUUCUCACUUAACAAAGAAAUUUUUAAUGAUUGACUUAAAAAACGGAAAUAAGAGAGUUCGUACUUUUAGAAAGUAUGAUGAAGCUGCAGCAGGUAUUUUAAUUUUAUAAAAAUAUAGAGAAUAUCGUGCUAGAUUAGCAUUUAAAGCAGAAUAAAAACGCAAAUAAGAAGAGGAAAAAAAAUUAAAAAAGUUGGAUGAGCCUUUAUCAGAAACAGAUAAAUUGAAAUUAUCCAUGAACUAAAGUGCUGACAAUUUAAUUGGUAUCUUGAGAGAAAAAAUUGCUCAAUCUCAUCGUUCUCUUAAAGAUAUUUUCCGUAUGCUUGAUAGUGAUAAUGAUUCUUACAUAAGUAAAGAAGAGUUCAAGCUAGCUUUCAAAAAAGCUAAUAUAAAAGUAGAAGAGCAAAUUCUUGAUGAAGCCUAUUUUCGUUUUGAUUUCAAUAAAGACGAUAAAGUUAGUUUUAAUGAAUUCUUGAAUGUAAUUUUAGGUUAGGAAAAGAAAGUAGUAACUAAUGCAUUUUAACUCUAAAGUGUUGCAGAAGAUGUCAUAACUGAAAUCAGGAAAAUAAUGCUUAGUCGUUUUAACAAUCGUAGACUCUUCUUAGAAAGUGUUUCAGCAAGAAAUUUCAAUAAAAUUACUGAAGAUGAGUUUUGUGCUUUCGUAUCAUAGUUCACAAAUAACGAAUUUAGCAGAAUUUAAAUGAAAACUGUAUUCAGCUAUUUAGAUAGAGAUGGAAAAAGAAAUUUAAAGCAAGAAGAAUUUUUAGAAAUUUAUGAGCAUUAAGUUUAGAAAGAAGAGAUCAAUUAAAAUUUACUUAUUGAAUAGCAAAAAAAAGAAAGAGAGAAAAAGCUAAGAGAACAAUAAGAAGAAGAGGAAUUCGAAAACGAAGCUAAAUCUUUUUAUGAGUAAAAUGUUGAUAAAUCAUAAUUGUCAAGAGUAGAAUAUUUGACAAAGCUCCACUCUUAAGCAAAUGAAGAUUACUAGGGUUAGGCUGAUGAGAAAUUUAAGAAAAAUCUGAUAAAAAAAUUGAUGACUCAAUCUUAAGAAUAAAUAGAAGAAGAAAUAUCCACUUAGGAAAGAAGAAAAUAAGCCAAAGAAGCAAGAGCUAGAACAUAAAUAUUUUUAAAAAGAUAAUAAGAACUUGAAAAUGUAAUGAAGGUUUUAAGCGAUUAAGUUCAUGAUAAACUUGAAAAAACUAAUAAAACCCUAAGAGAUUUGUUUAAUAUUUUUAGUUAAAAAUAAUUCGGCUACCUAGACCAAGAAGAGUUUAUAAUAUUAAUAAAUUUUAUGUGCAAGCAGACUAAAUUAGGAGAGGAUGUUGUCAAAGCAUUAUUCUUCUUAUUUGCUAAUUAUUAUUCAAAAAAAUUAAGCUUUAAAUUAUUUGAAAAACUAAUCGAAAAUGGAUAAAAUUUAAACACUCUUUAUUUGAAAUUUAAGUUUAGAUUUGGAAAUAAGUUAGACAGGCUCAAAAAGAAAAUUAUUGAGGAUUUCUAGAGAUUAGAUGUUUCUUAAGGCCAAUGGAUGAUUACAUUCGAUGAUUUUAAAAAAAUUUUAGAGUUGAAUUAGAUUCCAUUCACAUCUACUGAUGAAAAACAACUUAUAAAAGACAAAGUAUUACAAUAAGUUGAGAAUAACAUAUAUGUCAAUUAUAAAAAACUACUCCCUAUUAUUUUCCCCUCUAAUACAUAAAUAUAAUAAGACAUAUUUGCUCGUCAUUCAAAGACUAUUACAAGGUUUUUCAAGCUGUUUAAGUUAAAGAAAUAAAGAAAAUAAAUGCAAGAAGAACUUGAAAAGCAAAAAGCAGCUUAGAAAAAAGGUGGUGCAAAAGAUAAUAAAAGACUUACAUUUGGAAAAAGUUCUAAAGGUGGUGCUAAAGAUCGUAAAUCUACAUCUAAAGGACCUUCAGGGAAUUUAAAAAAAUCUGGAAUUAAUGCUAUUAAAGAAGAGGCACAUGAAGAAGUUAAUGAUUUGAAAAGAGUUGGAGAAUUUAUGCGUCCUAAAGAAUUAACUGACUUCUUUUAAGACGAUUAGAUAGCUUCAUCUCAAGUUAAAAAAUAAGAAAGCGAUCAAGCUUAGGCAAAAGCAGGAACUAGUUCUAUAAAGGGAACUGGUAAAAAGGGAAAAGCUCCAGAAAAGAAUCCUCUUAGCAAAUAACUAGAAGAAGCCAUCCCUGAUAAGAAAGGUACAGGUACAAGCGAGCAACAAUUUUAGCAAUAAUAAAAAAAUAAAAAUAUUGAGAUGUGCUAAAAUAUUUUGGAAGACCUAAUUGAGAAGGCAGUAGGAUUUGGUGAAAGUUUAGUUUUAUCUAAAGAAAUACAAAAGAAGUAUGAAGAACGUCCUGUUUUAAAAGAUGUAUUUGUAUGCUUGAAAGAUUUUGAAGCAGAAAAUAUUGAUAUACUUCCUAAAUGUAUAUUCACUAGUACAUAAACAGGAAGAGUUAUGGUACUUGAUAAGCAAUCCCAUUUGCAUUAAUAUGACAUGUGUAGCAAGAAGAAAUUAAUUGAGCUCGACUUAAGUGUCAAAGUUCCUCUUUGUGAAGCUUAUGCUCUUGAUGCUACUUUUGAUCAAAAUAGUGGAAGACUUUAUAUUUUAACUGAUAAAUGGAAUAUCGAAGUAUGGGAAUUAGGAUAAGACAACAGUAGUCCUUUAGGGUAGAUAGUUUUAUUCUCUGCUAAUACUGACACUCAAAAAGCUAUUAAUACCUGCUACGGAAGAAGAUUUUAAAAUGCUUUCCCUGAUUUUAUCUAAUUAAGUUAACAUUCUCAUCAAGUAAUUGUAGUUAACAGUACUUGCAUCAAUAACUCUUUAAUCUUUGUUGAUCCUAUUUCAUUAUGUGUUUUUAAUAUUCUCUACAUUUCUCCAUCUGAUUUCCGCAUGUCUCAUAAACUCAGUGAUAUGAUUAGCAAAAUUUCUCUCAAAUUGCUAGAGUGCUAGCAAAAGGGUGUUACUUUUGAAGAUAUUUUCUAAGGUAAAAUUAAAAAAGAAUCAGAAGACUCGUUAGCUGUCAAUAUUGAUGACUUUAAGGAUACAAUGUUUAACAUAUUUGGUAAAGAUUUGGAAGACUACAGCCGCAAUGAUUGGAAUGACUUAGUUGAAUUUUUAGAUUAAAAUAACUCAGGCUUUAUUGAUAAAGAAGAAUUUGAAUUUUUAUAUGAAAUGAUUAAAUAUCAUUCUGUUAAAAUCCCUGAUUAAACCGAAUAGCUCAUCAAGUUAGCAGGUAUUUCUGAGGGAGCUUUCAAUUUACUCAACUCCUUGGCCAGGUUCUUACAAAGAUAGAGAAAAAGUAUUGAAGAUGCCUUUAAGGCUUUUGAUAGUGAUGGGCUUGGAACUAUUUCUUGCUAAGAAUUUGAAUAUAUACUUCAAAGAGUGUGCAAGGGAGACGAUAACUUAAAAUACUCUAACGAAUUGAUUUAGUUUAUUGAUAGAGAUAAAAACGGUAUGAUAGACUUUUAAGAGUUCUCUUUAAUUUUGGGUAUUGCUUCUGAGAAUCAUACUCAAGGAAUACAGUUUAAUAACAGAAAAAAUUUAAUGCUUUGCUUUUAAAAGGCUUAUGAAGCUGGAAUAGAUGUUGAAGAGAUGUUAAUAAAAGAAGAUCCAUAUUAAGAAGGUACUAUUAGUACUUAACACUUCAGAAAUAUUUUGAAAUGGUUACCUGUUGGUAUUAACGAAGAAGAGCUAGACAGUAUUAUGAAAACAUCUAUCACAUAUUCAGAUAACGGAUCUGUUAAUUAUAUUAAGUUACUCACCAGUACUCAAUUUAAGAGUAUAAAAGAGUAGUAUAGAUUUAAGAAAUCUUUUGCUUCUUAAAAAAGCUUUGUGGAAUAUAAUGAAGUAAAUACUCAAGAAAAGCGUGAGUUAGAUCUAGUAACCUAGAAAGUUAUCAUAGAGAGUGUCCUCUAUUUAGAUGAUUUUGAUUUAAUUGUCUACACAACUGCUUGUCCUCGUACAUCAAUCAUAUUUGUUUCCAAAUCAAAUAGAGCUCCUGCCUAACAAAGUGACUUAAAAUCAAAAAAUAAAAAAAUUUAAUAGCCAAAAAGUGAUGUUGAAUUAUUUACAAAUAAAUUGCUAGCUAAGCUUUAGGGUCACAAAACCUGCAAUGCACCAUCAAUAGCAUAUGUGCCUCAGAGUGGUUGCUUAAUAUCAGGUGAAAAAUUACAUAGAAAUAUUUAUAAAGAAAAAGAUGAGAAUCCUCAUCUCCUCAACAACGCCUUCAGUCAGUUCUAAUUUGAAAAAGAUGAAAAAAUUAUUGAAUUCGAUAAAAAUAGAUCAGCUGACAUUCUUAUUUGGAACAUUUAAAAAGAGCUCUUUUCUAAGUUUGAAACAAACCCUCCUUGGGUUAUCCAACCAACUCGAGUUAUUGAAUCGGCUCACUAUGACUCAAUUAUAAGUUUUACAUAUCUUCCAUACUGCUAGUUAGUUGCAUCAUCUUCUGCUGAUAAUACCAUUAAACUUUGGAAUCCAAUAGCUCGUCCUUACUCACUUGUAAAUUAAGAUGGCGAAGCUAGCGUUGAGAUAAAACCUGGUUACUACAAAAAGCGCAAAUAAGAAUAUACCAUAACAAAUGAACCAUUCUGUGAAGUAAGAAGAAUAUAUACUGGUGAUUAAACUUGCUAUGGUAUAUCUUCUUUUACAGCAAGAAUUCCUGUCCUUUCUAAUCCAGAAAUAGCAGGUGAUCAACCAGGAAAGAGAAUGAAUAUUAUCGAAGUUCUAAUAACCUGCAACAUACAAAAAACUGAGUUAAUAAAUAAAAAACCCAGAAAUCCUUGUUCAGUUAGGAUAUAUUCAGUAGAUAAAAUGCAAAUAGAAGUUCCUUGUAAUCGUCAUGAUGAAGUGAUUCCAAGGAAAUUUUAUGAGCAACUUGAAAGCCUGUCAAUAGAAAGAAGAAAAAAAGCAUACGUUAAUUAUUAAAUGUUUUUACCUACUUAAUUAGAAGUCAUGAAAUCUAAAAAAACACUUUAAUAAGCUGCUUUAAAAAAAAUGAUUCAUUUACUUAAAAAAAUAAGCUUGACCAGAUUUGAUGAUCUAUAAAAGUAUGUUGUAGAUGAAGAUGUUGAAACUCUUUUCUAAGUAUUUAUUAAAUUACCUUCUAGGUAAGCAUUCUCUGCCUUUAUGUCUGAUUAUGAUGUAAAAAAUAAAAUAACCGCAAACGAGCUUUUCUAUUAUCUCAAAAAAUUCAAUAAUUUACAUCCUCUAAAUAUUUAAAGAGAUAAAUUCUUUGAUUUAUGUAAGCAGUUCAAGUCAAGAAGCAAAAAAGGUUUAUUCAAUACAAAUUCUUCAGAUUAAAAUGACUUAGAAAAGUAGAUUUCUCACUAAAUACGUAAAAAAGGUCUAAAUUUUUAUGAUGAAUUUUCCAAAGCAUCCUCUGCUGAAUACGAGGAAGCUAAAGGCUUGACCUAAGAGAAUAUAAUUAUAUCUAAAGAUGAUUUCUUAUAGAUGCUUCAUAAACUUAGUUUAUAUACAACAGAAUAAGAUUUUGUCAUAUUUAUGGCACAGGUUGAUCCUUUAUUCAGUAAUAAGGUUUCAUCAAAUGUUUUAAUAGAUAAAUUUUCUUCAGAUAUCAUAGAAUAUAAGUUGAGUUAAAUAUAAAGACCUAAAGAAUUAAUUGAAUAAUUAAUGAAUAAGUUUAAUUAGAAAUAAAGAGUGAAGCUUAUGUUUAGCUUAUCUGCUGUUGACAGUAUUGCUGAUGGCUAUCUUUCACAAAAAGAUUUCUUAUUUGCUUUUGAUUAUGCUGGACUUACAGUAAAUAAAUCUCUGAUUGAGGAGAUAUUUUAAUUUUAUGCUGAGAAAUUCUCUGAAGAAGAUCCAACAAAAGUACUAUCUGUAAAGUACAUUACAAAAAAGCUAUUUUCAGCCAAUGAAAAUCUUGGAAUGCUUAAAUACUUACAUUCUUUAGGAAAAAUUAAGUCUUGUCUAUUGGAUUAAGGAUAUCCUCUAGAAUAUAUUUAUAGACCUAUGACAAAAGAAGAGGCAGACCCUAAUGCUGUCAGCUAAGCAAACAAAAAUUUCAGUGAUAAUUAUUCUGAAGCUUAGAGCAUUUAACUCGCAUCUCGUAAAAAGAAUUUUUAGGAAAGUGGAGUAAAAAAAUCACCUGUCGCAAACCCUUUGAUGUAAAUUGGUGUAUAGAUGUUUAUAAAUAGAAUCGAGUAACUUUAAAUUGCUAAUAUAUCCUCUAGAGAAAUAAAAUCUUUGGCAGAUUUUCUAAGUAUAUCAGAUGAUCAAACUUAAUCACCUACAGUUACACUUUCACAUUACUUGCAUUAUAUGAGAAAGAUUAACACAAAAAGUUAAUACUUACUAGUUUAAGAGCACAAAAAUAUUUACAAUGAAAUUAACUCACUUUUGAAUAAGUAAGAAGAUCUUCUUUAAUGGAAGGAUAAAUAUAGAAAAGAAUUAUUUAACUCUGCUGAAUUAAGAUAUAUUCUAGGUAAAAGUGAUGUAUCAGGAGAUUAUAUUGAUGAAAUCAUUAUUUAAUUUGUUUCAGAUAAGAAUUAAAUAUCUUUAGAAGACCUUUUCACCAGAUUUUAAGAUUAUAUUAAUGAAAAACCUAUGCUUAAAAACUAGAAAUAAUUAGAAAUUUUAGACACUAAUAGUGAGAAUGCCGAGGGCGUUAUUAAUCAGUAAAUUACUCUAGGUGAGCUCAUUUUCUCUCCUAAAGGAUAGCCAGUCCGCUCUGUAAUUAUCAAGAAACGAUAAUAUUUACAAUAACUUGUAAAUUACAUCAGAACAAAAGCACCUGAGAUGAUAGAACCUCUUAAUUAAGCUUGCGAAUCAAGAGAUACUGAUAAAAAGUUAGAGAUUGAAAUAUCUGAAUUCUGUAAUAUAAUCCGCUUUACUAUUCAAGAUAUUUCUGAAGAUUUGUUGAUUAACUUCUAACGUGAAUACAUUCUCGAAAAUGAUUCGAACAUGAUAGAAUACCAAGAUUUCUUCAAUAAGUAUGCAUCCAAGGAAGAAAUUUAGAAACUUUCUUAAAUGUAAUACGAAUCAUUAUUGAAUCCAAGUAAAGAAAACAUUGAUGUUAAUAUGUUAAUUAAGAGAAUUGUUUAUGCUAUUUCUGACUCUAAUGUAAAUGUAAAUUAUGCCUUAAAGUUUAUCUAAAAUGAUGCAGGACAAAUACCGAUUGAUGAACUUUACUAAUUCUUAGAUUUGGUUAAAGUGCCUCUUAAUGAAAAUGAAAAAGAAGUUUUGAUUGACUUUUUAGGUGAAAAACAAGGCAAUUCUUUUGUACGUUCUUAGUUUUUCUUAGAUUAAAUAUAUAUUUGCAAGAAAGGAGUAGCAAACCAAUUUAACUAAGAAAUUUGGAAGAUCGCAUCAACACAAAUCGACUAAUAUACCCUCGAUAGUGCAAAACAAAACUAAAUCUACAUAGAACGUUUUGUUAAAUAGAAACAUUAACAACUUGAAAAUAGCAAACUCGUUAAAGAUAAAGAAAGGAGUGAGCUCAGAUACCCUUUGGUUUGGGGUGAUACCUUCAGCCUUGCAUUAUCAGAGUAAUUGCAGCAUGAUUUUGAUAACAAAUAAUAGGGUGAAAUACUCGCGUUUGCUAUAGUAGGUUCAUAAUUAACUGAACAAGAAGCUAAAAAUAAAAUAUAAGAUAUGCACUAAAGUGAAUUCGAUAUUAAAAAAGAAAUCAUAAAUAUGUAAUUAUUCAGUAAAGGUUUGGUUGAAAUGUUUAACUACUAGUAAUCAAUGAAGAAAAAUAAUUUAUAAUCACUGAAAUCUUAGCAAUCAAUAGCCACAAAUACAAAAAUAGAGUCUAAUAAUUAAUCUCUCAACUAAUCAUUUGCUGCUAACCGUGUUUUGGAAGAGUAAAACAAAUAAAUUUAAUAUUUAAUAUCUAAGAUUAAAGGCACUCUAAAAGAUAACGGAGUUUCUUUGUGGGAUGCCUUACUUAGUACACAUCUUUCUAUAACAGAGAAUUCUAAAGUUCCCAUCAAUGAAUUCAAGUUUAUCAUUAAUUCUUUAAAUUUAAAAUUAACUUUACGUGAAAAGCUUUUGUUGAUUCGUAUUGCUGAUCCUGAGGAGACUGGUAAGUGUGAUAUUUAACUUAUCAUUAAAAAGAUUGAGAGUGAGGAAGAGAUAACUGACCAUGCUAGGCAUUUAAUUUUAGAAAAGUUUUCCACAGCACUUUUUUAUAAUGACAUGUCUCUCCAUAGAGCUUUUAAUUUAUUUGAUGAAGAUGGCGAUGGCGUUAUAUCCUAAUAAGAAUUUGUUAUUGGCAUGAAAUAACUCAAUCUAGGUUUGAGUAUUUUUGAGAUUAAGAAACUCAUGAAGAUUAUUGAUAUUGAUGGAAAUGAGUAAAUCUCUAAGCAAGAAUUUAUCAAAGUUUUGAGUGAAAAGAAUCAAGCAUUUAACAUAGAUCCACUCAAGGACUUCUCCCUCAGUUUACUCACUAAAAUCAGAAAUAUGAUUAACUUAAAAGGUGCAGAUUUGCUUUAAGCCUUUGAAGAAGUAGAUACACAAUAAAGAGGAUUUAUUUACUUCAAAUAAUUGAAAGACUGUUUGCUUAGAUUUGGCAUUUCUAAUGUUAAGAGUUAUCACAUUUUGACUCUUUACAAAAUUUAUUUAUCUAAGCCAAAACCAAAAGAAUAGUUGAAGGAUUCUCAAAUGAAGAGCAGCUUAAAAAAAUCUAAUUUUAAAGAUAAUUAUUCUCUAUCCCCUAUGAAGCCAUCUAGACUUGGAAAUAAAGAAAUUGAGUAGCAAUAGAUGGAUUAAAUAACUGAACUACAAUCUAUUUCGUUUAUAGGAGAUGAAAUUGAUCAAGCAUAAAUUGCAGAUGAAAAGAUAGAUUAUAAAGAGCUUUGCAAGAAAAUACUUGCUGCUGUAGAGAUGUAAGCUAAGAGCUCAUAGGAGAUUACAAAUGAUUUGUUACGUAAGCUCUAUAAAAUACUUGAGUAAAAGAGAGUCACACUUUUUGAAGCAUUUGCAUACUUUGAUGUAAAUUCUACAAACACAAUUUCAUAGUUAGAGCUAAGAGUUGGAUUGAAGAAUAUGGAUGUAAAUUUCCCCAACGAUGAUUUUGAUCGUGUGUUCAAAUCUUUUGAAAAGACUCCCCAAGGAAAAAUCACAUUUAAUGCAUUCUUUAAUAGAUUUAUUGAAGCAGGAGCUCUAUAAAUAAUUAAGUUCGACGAUACACUUGAAAAUACAAUUAAAAAAUUUGCAAAAAUAACAACUAAGCUUGGAAACUUUGAGUAAGCUUUCAAUAAGUUAGAUAUUAAUGGUAAUGGUUAGCUAAGCAUCUUCGAAUUUAAGGAAUCUUGCAAAAGGCUUUCUUUAGGACUCAAACAUGAAGAGAUUGAAAUGGUUUUUAAAUCUCUAUUAAACGCAGAUAACUUGAACUUUAAAAAAAACUAUGGUUUAAGAACUGGAGAUGAAAUGGAAAAAGAUGAUAACUUGACAGUUGAUUUGAUGAUGGGAGGUAAAGAAAAUGCUAAGACAAUAAGAUACAGACAUUUUGUUAAGCUAUUGAAUCAAUUCACAAGCAAGGCUUAAAGUGAGUAAAUUUUAUAUAAAUUGUUUAAAAAAAGUUAGGAAAGAAAAAUCAAUUGGAAGCUAACUUUCUAACAAAUGAGCUCAGGAGGAUUAAGGACAAGUAAAACUUAAUAACAAAAGAAGCCUAAUGCUGUCGAUUAGGUCCCUGAUAUCUCUUUGACUUAAUGCAAGAAUAUGCUCACGUAACUAAAACUUGGUUUGACUUUCGAAGAAAUUGAUGUAGUAGUCAACUCUUUUGAUACUAUUACUAUAUCAUAUAAUAAUUUCAUGGAUAAAACUUUAAAAGCUGCUCAAAAGCUUGAAGAUAUAGAAUACGAAAAAAAUAGUUAGCUCUAAACUAUAGUUACUGGAAUAAAUGAUUACCUAGAAAAGAACCGUGUAAAAAUGGCUCAAAUAUUUAAGGACUUCAAUAAUAUUGAACUUGGUAAAUUGAGAUUAUCCGAAUUUAACAAUAUAGUUAGAUUUAUGUAAAUUGAUUCAAAUAUUCACUCUAUCAAGCUACUAUUUAAUACUAUUGAUAUUGAUGGCAAAGAAUACAUUACACUUAGUGAACUGAACAAUGCUCUUGCUGACACUGCUUUCUACAAAAGCAAAAGCCAAUAAUAAUAGAAAAAAGACUAAGAAGAAUAAGUUCUUUCAUUGCAAGAAAGAAAAGAUGCAGCUAAGCUUGAAGAAAUUAAGGGACAAAUUAAAAUAAAGCUUACUUAAAGAUAAAAAACUUUGAGCUAAGAAAUAAACGAAUUAGGCUUUAAUGAAAAUGAAGCUUUAAAUGAAAAAAAUCUGGAAAGUUUACUUACUUCGAUUGAAGUUGUACUUAAAAAGAGUGACAUUAAUUUCUUUUAUAGAUAGAUUAUUAAGUCAUAGUAAGCUUAAGCAGUAGGCAAUUUGAGCUUUUAGAGCUUCUUGGAUUUCGCAAUUCGUUAACAAAUUGAGCAGAUCACAUUUGAUGAAACUGUUAAUUUUAUACACCCUACAGUUGCUGUUUGUAUAGAUAAGGUUGGCUAGCUCUUUAAGCGUCUUGAAAUUGAUGCUGCAUAAGGAUUUAAAUAUUUAUGCAAAGCAGGUCAGUAAUCUAUUUCUAGAAAAGAGUUCCUUAAAAUUUUCUAGGCAGUUGAUAAAAACUUUACUGUUGAUGAACUAUUACUUAUUUAUUAAUACUUUGAUGAAAAGAAUUAUGGAGAAAUCAUUUAAGAUGGUUUUGUAGAGAAAUUUGAAUACAUAGCUUUUACAUCUCUCACUAAAUUAAAUAAAUAAAACGAAAAAGAAAUUUAAGAUGCUUAAAAGAGUGGAGUUGGAAGCAAAGAAGAAGACAAUAGCCAUAAUCUCUAAAAAAUAAAAAUGUCAAUUAAGCAGUAAGUUUAAGGAGUGAUGCAAAAAAUUUUCUUUUUCAUGCAAGAAAAAAGAUACAACAAAAAACAGUUAAAAGCAGUGUUCGACAGAAAUGGUAACGGAAUCUUAAGUAGAGAAGAAUUUUUAGAAGCAUUAAAACUUCUAAAUUUGGGUAUACCAAUAGAUAAGGCAAGAAUCUUACUUGACUACAUAGACAGGGAUGAAAGUGGAAGAAUAGAAAUAGAUACUUUUAUUUAAGAUAUUUUUGAAAGUAUUCCCUAAUAGUAUAAAAAAAUGUACACUCAUGGAAAUGUAAUUAAAAUAAUGAAUGACAUUGUCUCAAAACUAACCAAUCACACUGCUAAUUUAUUGUAAGAUUUGGUCUAAUAUGAAAGAAAUGUGAGACCUACUGAAGAAAAUAUUGCAAUCUAUAAGAUCAAAACUGGUAUUUAAAUUUUUGACUUCCAUAAAGUUCUGAAAAAUCAUGGAAUCAAAUUAAGCGACAAUGAAAAAGAUGAAAUCAAAAAUAUGUUUGUCAUGAGCAUGAACACAGAGUACUACGAUUUAGAAUAGAUUUAUGAUAUGAUUGACACUAUUAUGUACUAAAGAAAAUAAAAUAUGUAAAAGAGUAAAAUUUUCCUUGAAAGUGAAAAUGUCUCUAAUAUUUGGGAGUAAGAUGUUUACAGAAAAAUUGCAGAGUAUUUAAGGAAGCAUAAUUUGAAUGUUGAAGAGGCUUUCAAGAAAAUUGACCAAGAUAGCAGUGGACUAAUCUCUUCUUCUGAGUUUAGAAGAUUUAUAGAAUCUCUAGAUCUAGAUUUAAGUGAAAUUAAAAUUUAAUCUCUCAUUAAAGGAUAUUUUAAUGGAGAGGACUAAGGUACAAUAAGUUUAAGUGCAUUCAAAAAUAAAUUCUGGGAGGCCUACAUCAGAUAUGGAAGAACAGAAAUCAACAAGGUCAUCAACCCUCGUAUUGAUGAUUUAAAAGCAAAUAAGAAAAAAAUUUUAAUGUACAUUUAUUUAACUUUGAGAGAGUUUACUAAAGGAAAAAUGGAAAGAGCAUGGGCCAUUUUAGACCAACGUAAGAUAGGUUUAUUUGAAAUUGAAGACUUCAGACACGCACUUGUCUAAAUGGGAGUAUACCUCACAAGGGAAGAGUUAAAAUCUGCUUUUAAUUUCAUUGAUACAGACUCAGAUAGUGUUGUAAAAUACCUUGAAUUUGUUGAUUUUUGGAUUGGAGGAGAGUCUAAGUUAUUAAAUGGGUCCACUGAUGUAAUUGAAGGUAGUGAGAGCUUUGGAGGAGGCCACAACUACAUACUUGAUUUGGAAGAAAGUAUUUUAGAGCAUAUUUGUAAAGUGAUUAAUUAAAGAGAAAUUUCUUUAUGGGAUUGCUUCAAAUUCUUUGAUGAAGAAUAGAAAGGUUACUUAACUAAGUAGUAAUUUAAUGAUUUCCUCUAAAAGAUAGGUGUUAGAGUGGAAACAGAAACUAAGCUUAUCUAAUUAAUGAGAGUCAUAGAUCCUAAAUAAUUUGGGGAAUCAGUUCACCUAUCAGCAUUAGAAUCACGUCUUUCCAAAUAUGGUCUACAUAUACAUACUAAAGGACAAGUUGAAUAAAUUGAAUGGAUUGAUAAACCUUUGACUUUAUCAGUUGUAGCUAUGAGCAAACAUUUAGCUAAAUCUCAAAAUUUAGAGGAUUUCUUCUCAGAGUAUGACUCUGACUACGAUGGAUUCUUAACUCCGAACGAAUUCUACAAUGCCUUUAAAUACAUUAGUUAGGACAUGGGAGUAUUAGAUAGCGCAAUAUAAAGAUUAAGUCAUAAAUUAGCAAGCUAAAAGAGUUAUCAUUAAGGUAAAAUCCACAUUGGUGAUAUGUGCGAAUAUCUCUUGAAGCUUAUACAUGAAACAGAAUUAUAAAUGACAGUUACUCAAAACCAAGAAGACUUGUAUUCCAAUUUUAUUUCAGUAGAUAAGCCUGUAUUUUAACAUAUCCUCCUUCACUUUGAUGGAUUUUCAAGUGUUUUCAACAAGUUGGUUAAUAUUAAAUCAUCAUAUCUCUAAAUGAAGAAAUUCUUGUCUGGAAAGAAACAAAAAAUAAGAGGAUUUUAACUUAUUUCUAAAUAAAACUCUCUUCUCGACAUCCACAAAAUAUUCAACCAAAUUAAGGAAAGCCUCAAGAAUGGUAUUUAUGGUUUAAGAAGAUAAGCUCAAGAAUAUAUUAAUGAUUAGAUUUGUUAAGGCUCUUUAGAUCCAGAGAAAAAUAACUAUGCUGUUGUUGACAAACAAAAGAUAAUGGGUGCAUAGACUGAGUUAGAAAUAACUAAUUAUAGGAUAUUGAUGGAUGACGGCAUGUUCUAAAAAGAUGAAGGAAGUCUCCGCUUUUUUACUCCUUACAUAAAAUAUUACAGCGGCUUCCUCAUUUAAAAUAAUUACCCUGUUGACAUAUUUGUAUAUACUAAAGAUGUUCUAAAUUUCACUUGUGCAGAUGGCAAUAAUUUUGUUAAAAUACUUGAUUUUGAACUUAAACUGCAUAACGUACUUUAAAAUAAAUACUCAUUUAUGUUUAAGAAUAUUGGAGUAUUCCUAAAGCGUGUUGGUCAUGAACUUGGUGAUAUUGAAUAUAUGGUGAUGAAUGAAGCUAUUGAUCCUGCUGAGUACAUUAGCUUGUAUGAUUUAAUUCAGCAAAAUGGUGGUCUCUUCCGUAUUCCAGUUCUUGUCAAAUUGCGCUCUGUUACAUAUCUUCUCAAAUAUAUAGCUAGAUAGAUUUUAUAGAUCUUGCAGGCAAUAAAUAACGAAGCUUGUUUCCUCAAUAUUCUUCGCCCUGAAAACAUAUUCAUAAAUCGUCACACCUAUGAAAUAAAAUUAGCUAAUGUUCGUGGUGUGGCAAAAUAUGAUUUAUUCUCUAAAGUGAGCAUGAUUCCCGAUUUAGAAUUUAAUCUUGUCUAAAGAGUAGGACCACUUGCAGUAGUCGAUACUUAGUUAGAUUACCAAGAAUACUUUAAUGCAGAGUCAGAAUUUAAACAUUUUUAUAGAGAACAGCUCUUCUUAUAACCUUAUUUAGCACCAGAAUAAAUUUUAAGAAAGACAGCUGAUUGGAAUGCCUACUCUGAUAUUUGGGGAUUUGGCUGCUUGCUUUAUCACAUUUUAUUCGGUUAACCCCCAAAAAGUUUCUACUAAUCAUUGAUCGAUAGAUACGGUGAUAUUGAUAAAGAAGAAUUUACUGAACCUAGCACAUUCUUCCACUAUGAUAUUUAUUCUGAUGAAUUAGCUCAAGAAGUACUUAGAGUUGAUUAUAACGAUAAUCCUGAUAGUAAGAUUAACUUAAAAUAUAUUCCUCCUUCUGAUAUUGCUAUGGUCAAAGCAAUAGAUAAAUCAACUUUUGGCAAUAUCUUUAACAAAAUAUUCCCAACAGCUGGAAAAGAAUAUGAAAGAGAGUUUUAAUAACUUAGUGAGGUGCUUGAUUUAAUUUCUGCUUGUUUGCAGUACACUCCUUCAAAGAGACCAACAGUUGAGGGAUUACUUUAAUCUCCUGUCUUUUAACAGGAUAACUAUGAAGUUUAGAGAUCCAUUUAGCUAUUUGAAACUGUUUUCUUCUACAAGUCUCCUUCAACCACAUUAAGAGAAAGGGCUUUUGAUCCAUUAAGAUAAUUGUGUGCUCUUGCUAUAAAAAAUCCAGACAAAUUAGAUUUAUAUUUCAUGGAUAUAAUCAGAAUUAUAGAUUAUGUACAUGCCACAAUUUCAGUUUAGCCUAAUAGCAAAAUUGACCACAUUAAAUAAGAAAGUAAUUUAGGAUUUUAUGGAUUUAGCCAGGGAAUUACUACUAAUAGCUUUUACAGCUCUAUGCUUCCUAAAAAGAUGAAAGCACUACUUAAAGAUUCAGAGGAAUAGAGAAAUAAGCAUGCAAAUUCAGUAUUAGUCUAGUUUUUAUUUGAUAAUGAUGUCUUAGAUAUGCUUGUCUUCCUUUCACUUCGUCACCAUAAAUAAAUAACUUUAGAGGAAAUUGAAACCACUCAAAAGACCUCUCUCACCAAAGCUAAUCUUAAUCACGAAUAUAUGUUGGUGCAAAGAGAAAAAUCAAUUAGAAUAUUAACUGCUUUGAGAGAGUUAAUGAAAUCACUUAUUUAUUAGCUUGAUUCUUAUAAGUCUGCAGUUGCUCCUUUCGUACACAAACUAUUAGAAAAUCUAGUUAAGUUCUUUAUAGGUGAAGAGUAUUAGUUACAAUCAAAUAUGAUUGAUAUUCUUAAUAGAUCUGUUGGAAGUCUACCAGACAGAAACUUACACUCAGAAUACGAAAACACCAAAUAAAAUCCUGCUAUUUUCGAAAGAUUUUUCUAAAGAAAUGUUGAUUCAGCUGUCUUAGAUGAUGCUGAUAAACUCUGGAAAGAAAAAAGUCUUCAUCGUCCAUAUAUCUUUUUAAGCAAAAAUUGGACUCCUAUUUUAUAUAACGUUGUUGGAAGUUUAUAUAAAUCUACAGUAGGAGAGGCAGGUGUUGGUAAAAGUAACUAUCCAGUAUUGCAAGAUUACAUCCGUUUCUGCAGUGAUAAAUAUAACUACUCAGAGUUUGACAUUGACAAAAAGAAGAAAAUAUUAAAUGAUUAAAUAUAUUCACGUCUACCUAAGAGCGCUGAUUAUUAUAACGAUUUAAUCAACAUGGCUGAAAACCUAAACAUCCUUUAUUCCUCAGAAAAAAUUGCAGGUACUUCUGCUAGCUUGAAGAUUGUUCUUAACUACUUCAAGAGCAUGUUAAGAAGUAACAAUACAGAUAAAAUAAAACUUCUUCUCGACUGCAGAGCUCCUGUAUAUUUAAUACCUUAUCUCAAUACAGAUGAUGUUCAUGUCAGAGCUAAUUUACUCGAAAUUUUCCUAGAAAUCUCUCAUGGAUUUGCUAACAUAAAUCUAUCAUAUGCAGGAUAGAGAGAACUCAAAUCAGAAGAAAUAAACAAAAACUUUGGUAUUGUUGCUCAUAUGAAUUAAGUUUAUGAGGAUAAAUUAGAUAGAAAGAGAUAUAUCGAAUGUGCCAAUAAUUACUAUUACCUAAAACAAUAGAUUAAUAAGCAAUAUCUUUACUAAUUAGCUUUCUGCUUUGAAACUCCUAAUAUGAUAACUAAUCUAUUUUAGACAUUUAAGACUAAGGCUGAGUUAAUCAAUUCAAAAAUUUUAGUUAUAAGAAUAUUCCAAAACUUAGUAAAUGGCCCUGAAAGCGUAGUCAAAAUGUUAAACAUCUCUUCUAUAGAUGUAUUCCCUAGUAUAUUAAAGCUUUUAAUUAAGCCAAAGCAAGGCGGGACUACACAAGAAUAGAAAACAAAUAAAAUACUUUCUCCUGUAGUUUAGGAGGUAUUCAAAGAAAUAGUAAAGCAUGCUAGAAGCGAAAUUAUCGACAUCUUAGAGUACACUCCUGGCAUUCGCAGUUUAUUAAAAGAAGCAGACUUAACUAUCCCCUAGAAGCUUAACCUCAGCACUCUUUCUAUUUAAAUUAAAGGUAUUAAAGAAUUUUAUAAAAAAGAAAAAGAAUAAAUAAUUCAUGAAAUUAAAUAAUGCUACGUUAAUCCUUCUACUAUCAGGUUCAAAGACUCUUUGUCGAAUUUAAAGUAUCUUCAUUCAUAAUCUUUGAUUUGUUUAGAGCAUAUUCUAAGUUGGUUUAAGCACUACUUCUUUACUUGCAAGGAUUUACAGAUUAUUGUUGAAGCGAAGCGAUUAGUUGACUUCGCCACAAGCAUAGCAAGAUCUGUUAUUUAAAAUCUGAAGGAAUAUGCUUAAUUCAAUCCUAUUGCUCUUGAAAUAAUAACUCUCUACUCAGUUUUCAUAGAAAAUAUUUCUAACAUGGGUCUUUACUAUGUUAUCUUUAACAAAAAUGAUCUUGACAAUUCAAAAGCUCUUAUUACCUGGAUGUAAAACUUUAUUAACUAUGCUUACAGCUAUCACGAAGAUAUAGAAUAUCUCUCUUAAGAGGAGAGUUUAAAGAAAUAUUAAGAAAACUAGCUAACUCCUAUCGCACACAUAUUUAUGCGUAUUUUAAUAACUUUGACAGAAGUGGAUAAAUAGUACAUGAAGUAAUUACUUAAUGAUAGUGGCUUUGGAAAAUUCUAUCUUGAUAUAGUGAAGAAAUAACAUAAGCUUGUAUUAGCUUUCAUCAACACUAACACAGAAAAUCUUCAUGUGCUUCAAUAUUAUGUAGAAGAAACCAACUUUAGAAUUGUUGUUUUUGAGAAUAUCCUUAACAGCUCAAAUGAAGAACUCAAAGACUUUAUUAUGGAAAAUGACUUUGUUAAAUAUAUUUGCUGCUCAGCUUUCUAAAACGAAACCGAAUUUUAAGUUGGCCUCUAUCGCUCUUCUCUUAAAUUUUUACCAUUUAGAAACUUUGCUCCACUCCGUAACGAAGCUCUUUCAAUGAUGACUGCAAUAGUUUGGCAACAAAACUAAUCACAGAAGCUAUACAAAGAUCUUCUAAUUUAAAUUUCUAAUGAGCAACUCAUUAAGAGAGAGUGUGCAAAUCUUAAAAAGAAUAAUCAAAAGAGCAAUCCUUUCCUUACCGCUUUAUACUUUUUCACUAUACUUGUAAAUACUAAUGAAGAUAAGCUCAUUUUCUUAAUGAAAUUUGAAAAAGUAUUUGACUUCCUUAGCGAAUUCUUUGAAAAUAAUCCUGAAUUUAAAAAAUAUUUCCCUAUUUUGUAUGCUACAGUAAGGAAGCAAUAUUUAAAUGUUUGA